AUGGAAUUGCAGACGGCUAAUUCGAUUGCAGCACUAUCACUGCGAGCCUUUGUCUCCUUUUCCUUGUUUACAUUUGAAACAAUUGCUUACGUAAAAGUGCUAGCAAUCUUCUGCAUGUGCCUUGCUUCGCCGGCGCGACUUCAUGCCACCAGUUUUUUCCUUUUCGUCGCAUCGACGGCCUUCAUAGCUACUAUUCUGUGGACCUUCAUCUACCUUUUCUCAAUACGCGAGGCUCUCAAGCUUCCUAUCAAUUGGAUUCUUUCGGAAUUCAUCAAUACCGGCGUGUUCACCUUUCUGUACGCGAUUGCUUUCAUCACUCAGCUUUCCGCGUGGGGAUCAGUAUGGGGAGAUGGGAAAGCAGCUAAUAUCGCCGCGGGGAUAUUCAUUAAAUUUCCAUUGCUCUUCGAAUUCGCGAGGUACAGACUUUUAUCGUAA